CCUCCACCAUCUCCUGACAGACCUCGUCCUUCGAAAAUGAUUGUCAAUGCUCGAGGGAAAGCUUCAUAUAGAUGGCUGUUGACUGAUGCUGAACGCAAGCACAUUGCUGCUUUACUCGACAUUCAAGUUGGCGACCUUGCUAUUCGAGGAACCACAAUGAACCGAGAACGUCAAAUCUGCAAAGUCUGUGGAAAGGCAUCUGGGUUAGAUGACAUCGUUAAAGACUCUUUGGACUCGGGUACUCAUACAAAAGAAUACGUCAUAAAUGCUCUUCGACUUGGACCAAAGCACGAAACCACAUCAUUGUACGAUAUAUACUGUUCCGAUUGUGGGGAGAAGCAUGUGUACAAGGCUGGAUGGGCGGUGUACGAUUUCAGUUGGUUAUAUUGAGCAUUUUGAGUGGCACUCCGGAGAACGUCUCAUAUCAAGCGUGUGAAUCUCUUGG